AUGGCGGCUCAGUUGCCUGUUGUAUUUGGAGAAUGGGUUAUGAUUUCUCAGUCGUGGCAUUUUGAGGUGGAUAAUCGCAAAGGAGGGAGGUUGUUCUUCUUGAAUGAUGGUUGUACACAUGGAGAACUCGUAGCUAUGGCUCUAGAUGAUUACAUGCUGGAUGGAAAUACGGACAGCGUGUCUAUCACUUAUGCAUUGCCAGAUUCAAUGUUAGCAAACAUGGCUCCGGAUACCCCUCCUAUGCAUAUUACUAAUGAUAGACAAGUACAGAGCUUGAUUGGGUUGAGUAAGACGCAUGUUAUAAGUCUUUGUGUAUCUAGUCGCAAGGACAAUGAUGGACGUACUGGUGGUGUUGAUGCUGCUGAUGGGUGUUCUGUUGAAGGUGGGAAUCAAAAUACUGAGGAAGGUGAAGAUGAAAAUGUCGAUGAGUAUGAUGAUGAUGAGAUAAACGAGGACAUCAAAAACGAUUCAGUAAAGGAGGAAGACGGUAUUGACUCUGAGGGUCAGGACUCUGAGGAUCAGGACUACAGCCAAUAUGAGAAAGUGAAGGAUGAGGAUUCAAAUUCUGAUUCAGAGGGUGAGUGGAUUGAAGAACCGGUGAAGGCUCCUCAAAGAGGAUAUGAAAGAAAUUGGGUUGACAAAAUAAAAGUAAAAGGAAGUUUUGCUACAAAAGACGACCUGAUUUCUGAGAUCAGGUUGACGGUUGUUAUGUUGAAGUUUGCAUUCAGAGUUGAUAAGUCAUCGAGACGUCUGUUUGUUGCUAAAUGUGCUGUUAAAGGAUGUCAAUGGAGAGUUAGAGCAGCUGUAAAGAACGAAGCAAAGACGUUUUGGGUCACUAAAUAUGUCAAAACUCAUACCUGUUCAGUUUCAGAUCGGUUGGCUCACCGAAAGCAUACGACUCCAAGAUACAUUGGAAAGUUAUUUAUAGAGCGUGUGGGAAUAAUUGAUGGGAUUACUGCAGAACACAUCAAAGAUUCAAUGCAGGCGAUGUUUCAAUUGAAAAUAGACUACACAACUUCGUAUAGAGCUUUGAUGUAUGCACAAGAAUGUGUGAGGGGAAGCCCUGAGGAUGGAUAUAGCCGACUGCCUUCUUAUUUGCGUCUGAUCGCUGAAGCAAAUCCGGGUACUAUAACUGCCCUUGAACGCGACCGUCAGAAUAGGUUCAAGUACCUAUUCUUAGCCUUCAGAGCCUCCAUAGCUGGUUUUCAAUAUCUCAGACGGGUCAUUGUUGUCGAUGGGUGUCAUCUGACUGGAAAGUAUGAAGGGACUCUGCUAGUGGCCACAACACAAAAUGGUAACUUCCAGAUAUUUUCACUAGCUUUUGGAAUAGUGGAAUCUGAGAAUGAUCACGCAUGGGAAUGGUUUUUUAGAAAAUUGCGGGAGUGUUUUACAGACGAGUAUCUGUUGGUGAUAGUUUCAGAUCGGCAUCAUUCCAUUAAGAAGGCAUGUGAGACUGUAUUACCAUGGGUAACACGCGGUAUAUGCUAUUAUCAUCUGCAACACAAUAUUGUCACUAAGUUUAAGGGGAAGCAUCUUAUGUACUUAGUCAAACGUGUUGCGUAUGCAUAUACGCUACAUGAUUUUAACCGUUAUAUGGACGAGAUAAGGCAUAUAAAACCUGACCUUGCAACGUACCUGGAGGAGGCAGGCAUUCAGUUGUGGUCAAGAGUUCACUUUCCAGGUGAUAGAUACAAUAUAAAGACGAGCAACAUCGCAGAGUCUAUCAACUCUGCUCUCAAACGGGCACGGGGAUUUCCCAUAGUAUUCCUGUUGGAGUACUUACAGGAGAAGCUAACAAAGUGGUUUUGUAAAAGGCGGGAAGAUGCUUUGAGUCUUCUAACCAACCAUACUCGAGGAGUUGAAUAUUUGUUGGCAAUUCGUUCACAUUAUGCUGAUAAGUUGACGGUUGAAGGCAUAGAUGGUUGGCAAUUCAAUGUGAAAGGAGGAUCACAUAACUGUAUCGUUGAUUUGGAACUUCGAAAGUGUGGGUGUGGCGUGUAUGAUAUUGAGAAAAUACCUUGCUCUCAUGUUAUAGCCGUUUCAGAUGCAAUGCAUAUGCAUCUGGCCACUCUUGUAUGCCCGACAUACUCCAAAGAUUACUUGUAUGCAGCGUACUCGCAUAAUAUAUAUCCUCCAAGCAUUGCAAUGAAAACCGAUGAAACAACACAAUGUCUACCUCCGGAGGUCCGACGUAAAAAAGGCAGGCAGAGGAAGUCAAGAUGGCAAACUUGGCUGGAAAUUUCGAGGCAUAAGCAAAAGAAACCCCGUAAGAUCCACAAGCAGUACAGUUGUUCGAAAUGUCACCAACCAGGACAUACUAGACCGGAUUGUGUAAGUGUUAUGUUACCUCAUACUUUAAGGGUUACAUUUGGUCGAAGUUAA